AUGGGUUGGCCACCAUCCCCUUGGCAUUUGCUCUCGCUAUUAGGUUUCUUGCUUGUGGUGGGGCUCCCAGCGUGUGUUUCUCAGCUGCCGUCCAUCCUUCCAGAUCCCCUGGGAGCGCUCCCAGUGGCCACGUGUCAGGCCAACAGCAAUGCAACCGCUGCAUUACAACCCAUAAGAACUCCUGUCCAACUAGGCGUGGACAACGCGGUCACCCUCGAUGUUUCCAACGUUCCCAAUGUAGGUUAUGUGUUCCUGGCAACCAACGUCACGGUCAGUCCACUCCAGUCUUCUCCAAACAAGACCCGAGGCAGCAUCUUCAUUCCGGAAGAGGGGGUCGAUCCGGUUGCUUACGCGCCCUACGCGCGAGCGCUCGCGCUUCAAGGCUACUUUGCAAUCAUUCUGAACGACAGGACUGUCGAUGCAGUCGUCGCUGCCAUGGAGUUGCGUUCCGACGUGGAAUACUGGGUCCUUGGAGGCCACGGGAAAGGGGGCACUUUGGCAGCCAGACUGGCAAGUCUCUGGGUGCCCAAAGUCAAGGGCCUGGUCCUUUUCGCUGCCGCGCUGCCAGGCAAGUCUUUCCGCGAUGCCUCGUCCCUUGAUCUGUCCGCCGUCAACAUCUUCGUCACCCACGCGUACGGGUCCGCCGAUGUCAUCGUUCCGCCGGAAUCCGUCCGCUCGGACGCCGCCCGGCUGCCGCCGGACGCCUGGCUGGUGCCCUUCAACCUGGGCCACUACGAUUUCGCGUACGGACAGUGCGGCAGAAACGCACUGAAUGGAACGGAAGGCUCGGGGCUGACACAAGGAACCGCCACGACAAUCACGCAGCUCUUUACGGCUCCCGUCGGGUUGGCCCAGUGGUUCGAGGCGACGCCUCGUGCACUUUCCUUCGGCAACAACUCGCUCCUAACCCCGGGGCUCAACACGUCCAAACCCUACCCGGUUAACUCAACCGGGACGGUCACGUUUCAAUCACUUCCUAUUCCGGGCACGCUACCCCAGCGGUAUUGGUUCGUCUUUUCGCCGCCAGCUAGCAGCACAACCGGGGGCCUGAUAUACUAUCCGGGAGCUGCCGUCGAUAGCCGGGCUUACUUCCCCAUCGCGUUUGACAUUGCCGCUCGCGGCUGGCUGGUCGUGGUUGUGCAACAAACCGCGCGCGCCAGCCCUUUCUUUCCAAAUGACGCAAGCACGGUCCUCGCCUCCAACGACACAGCGUUCGCCCACGUGUCAAACUCCAAGUGGGCGAUCGGCGGGCACUCGGCCGGGGGCUCAGGCGCAUCUGCGUUCGCGUUAGCAAACCCUGACAGGGUUAUCGCGUUGGUGUUGCAUUCGAGCCGGUUGACCGCGAAUGCGUCCUCGUCUGGACUGCCGAUCGUUAACGUUAUCGGAACGAUUUGA